CUGUGGGAAAUACCGCGUGUAGAGAGCAGCUCAGCCUAAAUAUAGAUCAAUCUCAAGGGAAUCCGGACGUUCCUCACAUCCUUAUUUUCGUGUGAAGUUGGAUAGCUUAUUCUUUUGCAUCUCAAACCUAUACAUCGCAGUUUUAACGAAUUUUGCCAUUCUUCUGUAUGUUUCCAUUUAAUUUCAAGAGAAACAUAUGGUAAUAUCAAACAUCUACACGCGCAUUUCGAAAACGCAUGGUUCCUACAUACAGUAGGAAUUACCAGUGGCGGGCACUGGAUCCAACAAGUGCAUACGCGAAGCUCGACUGCGUCUCAAGAAGCGUUUUACGCAGCAAACACUCAGAUGGAGACGUCUGCCUAAAGAACUGGUUUCGAAUCGAUCUAUUCACCAAACGGAUCACUUACCAACGCGCACAUACUUUGUCGCAGUAAUAAAACGCGCGUUUGUACAAUGCGUGCGCGUCUGCUUGUUGGAUGGAGCCGCCGCAGUUGUUUCCCCCCGCUGGCUUACAUAUAGCUUCAAGAUUUCUUCUUUGCUCGAAUUUAAGCUCUGGCAUCUAGAACAGCCGUAACCUGCGAAUACUUGUUCAUUCUCACACCUGGUCUUUUGGAGAGCGCUGCGCAAUAGCGCACGCUGCGAGAGUACCAUCGGACCUUUCCAUGGAUUUCUCUCUCUCUUCUAGGAUCACAGUCUUUUCUCUACGCUUCUUCAGUGAGGGUUUUAGUCUGAUCUGAUGAACGAAGGCUUUUGCAGCCACUCUAAAAAGUGAAAAAGUUCUGCUGUACUGCAAAUCAUAUAUGAGGAUCGAUACACGAGUGCUGUCCAACACAGACCGCAGAAAUGCCUAUGCAUCCGGUGACUUCCACUUUGAUGUACCGGGGAAUCUGCACCAUUCCAGAUAUCCUUUCAUAUCGGGCACCGGUCAACCUUCCCGAGGAUGAGGUUGAAGAAAUUCGGGAGGCGUUUAAGGUGUUUGACAGAGAUGGAAACGGAUUCAUCUCAAAGCAGGAGCUUGGCAUGGCCAUGCGUUCCCUAGGGUACAUGCCCAAUGAGGUCGAGCUAGAGGUCAUCAUUCAAAGACUCGACAUGGACGGAGACGGCCUGGUGGAUUUCGAGGAAUUCGUCACCCUCCUGGGACCCAAACUCACCGCUUCCGGAAUGCCUGACAAAUUCAACGGAACGGAUUUUGACUCCGUGUUCUGGAAGUGUGACAUGCAGAAACUGACGGUCGAAGAGCUGAAGAGGCUGUUAUACGACACUUUCUGUGACCAUCUGUCUAUGAAAGACAUUGAGAAUAUCAUUAUGACUGAGGAGAACCAUAUCGAAAAUCCUGAGGACUGCCAAGUUGACAUCGACACCGAGAGUCCGACCCAGCAGGUGAAGCAGACGUGCGUACGGAAAAGUCUGAUCUGCGCCUUUGCAAUUGCUUUCAUCAUCAGCGUCAUGCUCAUCGCAGCCAAUCAGGUGCUUCGCAGUGGGAUGAAGUAAUCGAACGGACCAAUCACACACAUAAAUUGCUACAAGCAUACACAAGAAAUUGACAGCAUUUACAGAAAUGGCAAAAAAGGGGGUAAAAAUAAUAACAACAGACAUGCAUACAUAAACUGUAACAGUGGAACAGUUCAUUUUUAUUGACGUGAAAUCCAAGCGAUGAGACUUGGACAUUUUGGAGAUGGAAUACAGCUUCAAACUUUUUUUUAAGACUCCAGCUUUAAAAUGUAAAGCGCACGGAUACGCACAUACAUCACUUACUUACUCUUACUGACCAAAAAAAGAAAAAAGGGAAAAGGAGAGAAGUUUCAAGUCAUUGCAACACUUGACCUGGAAAAAUAUUAAUGUCCCCUUCAAGUUUUGAGCGAAUUUAGACGCAUGGACUUCUCCAGCCCAGGAUCCUGCUCUUCAGUGCAUGACGAUGCAUGGGUUUACAGUUGUCUGAACGCAUCGGGUUCACCUUUAUAGUAUAUUCAAACCAAACACAUAUGAAGAGUUGGAUGAGAAGAGGAGGCGUCUUUUCAUCCGGGAUAUAUCGACCCCUUUGCAUGAGUUUAAGGGCUGUUUAGAGCAUGCUCAUGUCACGUUGUCUUGUGUUGUCGAGUUAUCGUGGGUUCUUACCUGUUGCAAAUGCCUGAUGAACAACUAUGUUUGACCACUUGUAAAAUAUAGAGAUUUUUAUGUGAAUUAAAACCACACUGUUCACCUGAAAUAUGCAUUUUCAGGGUCACUCUCGAAUGAAGCUUGCCGUGCAAUCGUCCAGUAACUGUUUCGCAAACAUUUGCACUGUAGUUACUGUAUACAGAUGAUAAUCAGCAGCUUUUAAAUUUAAAUGACAUGACUGGCAUAAAAUUAUACCAAUUUAUAUUGUAACUUCAUUAAAAUAUUUGAUUUUUGACUCAUUAGGAAAUUAUUUAAAGCUAAAGGGCCAGAUUUACUAACAGGUUGCAUCAGCAAAAACUACUGUCAGGAUUUACUACACUGUAAAAAAAGUUGGUUCAACUUAAAAAAAGUAAAAUUUUGAGGUCAACUUAUAAAUAUUAGUUGACACAACAAUUUUUUGAGUCAAUUGAUAUUUUUAAGUUGAAUGAACUCAAAAUUUUAAAGAGCACCUAUUUCAUUGCUAUUUGGUAUAAUAUAAUGUGUUGGCAUGGUUUAUGGUUAAAAACAAAUUAUUUUCCACAUACCGUUCAUUUUUGUAGCUCCAGAUUUCACUUUCUUCCUGAAAUGCAAGGAUUUGUAAAGCACUGUGUCUCAGAUUGGCCAGCUAAUCUGUACGUUUGGUCUGAAUACCUCUGACAUCAGCCGGAAAUGUGACGCUCCUUACCAUGUUUGAAAGAUUCGAGCACAAUGCAAUACUAACAGGAGUUAACUUAUCGGCUGUGAGAAAUUAUGAUAAUGUCCGCCUUGUCUAAGUUGCCUACUGUUGCCUACAAUUCUUGUAGAUUUACAUUUGGAGACUCCCGUCAUCGUUUACUUUGGGGUUUGUACCUUUUGCAUAUCAUUAACAUUGACUAAAACACAUUUACACACAAAAGGAAAUGUAAAAACGUGAAUCGGACCAUAGGUGCUAUUAACUAGAUAACUUACUUUUUUAAGUUAAACCAACAAAUAAUUUAUUACAUUGUAUAGAGACACAGUGAAAAUUUUUUCUGACUGACCUUAUUGCGUAUGCAUUUGUAAGAGUUUACCUUUCAGAUGCAAAAUUUAUGGCAGGAGAAAAUUUAAAUGAAUCACGCAAUGUGAUUUACUAACAUUUGCGCUUUACUGAUAUUUGCUCCAUUAUUUAACGGACAAAAACAUGUCUUGCGUUGGUCAUUAUGGAAAUGAGAUGUUGUUUUCUUUAAUGUGGCCUUGUCAGUAAAUCAAACGCAGGAAUUUGAUACAGUAUAAAUCAAGCUUGAGUUAGUACAUCUGGCCCAAAGUGCGUAAUUUCAAAUUCACUGCUUUUACUGAACAAAAUUAAAUUAGCGACAAAAUAACCCCAUCCUAAGCUUAAUAUGUGCCAUGGGCUGAUGUUAUGUUGUCCUGUUGCAAUGUGCAAUGUUUUGAAUGUCGCAAUUUUCGCAGAUGUCACCCUUUGAACACCGUACAUGUAAAUUAAUCUGGAAUGGAACGAACUGAUUUUAUCAGACAAAAUUUCUUACUUUAGCUUUAAUGGUUAUUUUCAAACCAAAUCAAUGUUCGUUUACGUAAAUAGCCAAACAUAAAAAUAUGUUAAUUAUGUUUCAGGAAUCAUGUUUAAGUGAACAUGCGUAUUUCUAUAACAUGCAAGCAAAUACUGUGCUACAUCAAUGUUACACUACUGUUUAAAAUAAUAUUUUCAUAACGAAUGUUUCAUUUGGGAAGAUGUUUAUAGUGAAUUUUCUGGGGAAACAUACGGGGCGUAGUAACUAUUAGAUGGCAGGGGGACACUUAUAGAAAUUCACACCCCCUCUCAUUUUUGGGUAAAUAAUCAGCGUAUUUUAUAAAAGGUUUGUACCCAGCCCCUAACGUGCCAUUGGAGUAAAAAAAAUCUAAAGUUUAGUUUCAUGUGCUCACGUGAAAGUUUCACGUGCUCACGUGAAACUUUUGCGUGGUCACGUGGAACUUUUAUGUGCUCACGCAAAACCUUCAUGUGCAGAACUUUUUUUUUAAGUUUAGUUUUGCGUGCGCACGUAAAACUUUCUCGUGCGCACGCGAAACUAAACUUUAUUUAAUUUUUCCUCCAUGUCCCCUUAGGGGCUGCGUAGGUUUGGACACUGUGCGAAGAAAAAUUUAAAUCAUAAAUUAACAAUGUUAAUACCAAGCAGAUGCGGAUGCAAUUCGUUCACUACAUCAGUGAACUGAGUUAAGUAGUUUACGGUAGUACCAAUUUACCUGCUUUUCAGCAAAGACUACUGUACGAAUUUUAAAUGACCUAAUUAAUAUUCAUGAGCUCAGAAGUUCCCUCCCAAUUUUCUAAAUGUUCCUACUCCCGAUAAACAUAUAGUAGUUUGACUUGAUGAUUACAGACAGAGCAUAAAACUGUGAAUAAUAUAAAAAUAAGGUGUGUCUUUCUGUUAAACGUUGUAUAACAGGAUAUCAUCCAUUUUAAACUCUGCCCAGGGCCUGAAUUGAUUUAGCCGUUGGUUACGGCACUAUUCAACUCUUAUAUAAUUGUAACUCUAGGUUAUAAAUAAAAUAUGCAAUGGAUGGAAACAGCACCUGUCUCAUACACUAUGAUCAAUGGAUCGGUCCAAGAGGAGUCACAGGACAACCAAGUACAGGUUUCCCCCAUUGCACAGGCAUAAUUCCUUAUUAAUAUAAAUGGGAAAUUAAAUAAUGCGUUCCCAAAGCACUUGAAGGUCAAAGAGUUAAACACCAAACAUGAAAAACGUAGCACAUUAUGUUUAAACAUAAAGUAUAGUUUUAUAAGUGUAAUUCAUCCACUUUUACUGUAUGUAUAGAUAUAAAUAAAUAAAACUGGAACCGAGCAUUGGUAAAGUUUUCGGUUUGGAGUUUUUGCAAAAAUGUGCAUACACGUUUUUGAAAAUACUGGUUUCUUUUAAGGCGCUGGUAAUCGAAACAAGACAAUAAAUGCAAACAGUGAUGCCUUCUUGAUGUUGCCUUGCAUGAUGUCACCACAGCAUGUAUAUAUUUUAUUUCAUUAUAUGAAAAUGUGAAUGAUGUGUACGCAUAAAUGCUUGUAACUUGGGGACACCAAUAUAUGAAUGUAAAGCCCCGUUUUUUAAUUGAAACAUACGUUCAUAUAAAUUAUAGAUGUUUGAAUGUCUAUUUGGCAACAUGAAAAGGGGUUUCUGAACAAAAACAUACAUUUUGUAUGAGGUUUGUUGUUUGCAUCACCUUUCUUAUGGAGGUAAUAUUGCGUAUACAUUAAAGCAAUACACAACGUGAAUAGAAAAUCCGAGUUGUUGACAAAUGCUAAGUAUAUAACUGUGGAUUUUAUUAAUAAUUUUUUCGUUUUUCAUAGAGACAGUAGUUUAUUAUUCGUAGAGCACUUUAAAAAAACUAUCUGAGAUUUUUUAUAAUUUCACAUUCAAAUCAUAUUUAUUAUAGCCAGAUUUUUUUGUACGACAUGAAUUAUUAAGAUGUUUAUGUUUGUAAGACUGAACAUGUAGAGCAUUAUUAUUUUUGUUAAAAAGAUGGCAAUAUCUAACAUAUUACAGAUGUGAGCUGCAUUUUUGUGCAUUUUCGUAAAGAUGUGCACACAAUGUUUGCUCGCACUUUACAGUAUGUUUCUGUAAGGGAGUAUUCGGCCCGUUCGAACACUUGCGACUGGAUGUGUGUUAAAUGUUGUCCUGUGACAUUUAUUACUUUGCCUUACAGUUUUUUUUUAAACAAUCAUGAUAAUAUUGUUUACAGUGCUGACAUUUCUAUGAUAAUACGAUCCAGGUGUGAAUAUAAACUUCUGUUUGGGAUCAAACAUUUUUGAAUGUGAAUAAUCAAUGUGCCAUACAUAAGUUUAUCACACCAGAGGAGAGUAAAUGGAAGGUUACACAUUCAUUUCAUUUCUUGUAAACUGUGUUUUACCGAGUGCACAAAAUGUAUGUAUGUAUGUAUCCUUCAGUGACAUUGUAUUGUGUUUCAGAUGAAUAAAGAUAAUACCAAACUA